CCCCUGGGCGGGGCUUCCCUCCGCGAGGCCACGCCCCCCCAGCGGCCCCCUCCCUCCCUCCCUCCUGGGCGCUUCUGACGUCACCGCGGAGGAAAGGAGGGGGGCCCUGGGAGGCAUCGCUGCUGCUGCGUCUGCGUCGCUCGGCCUCUGCGGGGCCCGCUUCGUCCUCCGUCCCCUCCAUGCGCCGGUGAGGUGACGGUGCCAGGAUGUCGUCCUCGUCCGCCUCCUCCUCCUCCCCGGCAGAGGGCCAGAUCGCGGGGCUGUACGACCUGGAGGGCACGCUGGGCAAGGGCCACUUUGCGGUGGUGCGCCUGGCCCGGCACGUCUUCACGGGGGAGCGGGUGGCCGUCAAGGUGAUCGACAAGGCCAAGCUGCGUGGGGGCGGGGCGGUGGCGCAGCUGCUGCAGGAGGUGCGCUGCAUGAAGCUGGUGCAGCACCCCAACGUGGUGCGCCUCUACGAGGUCAUCGACACCCAGGCCAAGCUGUACCUCAUCCUGGAGCUGGGCAGCGGCGGGGACAUGUUCGACCACCUCCUGCGCCACGAGGGCGGCCUGGGCGAGGAGCGCGCCAAGCACUACUUCGCCCAGAUCGUCCACGCCAUCGCCUACUGCCACCGCCUCCACGUGGUGCACCGCGACCUCAAGCCCGAGAACGUGGUCUUCUUCCAGGAGCAGAGCGUGGUCAAGCUCACCGACUUCGGCUUCAGCAACUGCUUCCAGCCGGGCAGCAUGCUGGCCACUUCUUGCGGGUCCCUGGCCUACUCCGCCCCCGAGAUCCUGCUGGGUGACGAGUACGAGGCCCCCGCCGUCGAUAUCUGGAGCCUGGGGGUCAUUCUCUUCAUGCUGGUCUGUGGGCAGCCCCCCUUCCAAGAGGCCAAUGACAGCGAGACCCUCACCAUGAUCCUGGACUGUCGCUACGUCAUCCCCCCGAACGUCUCCUCGUCCUGCGCAGACCUGAUCUCCCGCAUGCUGAGGCGGGACCCCCGGAGCAGGGCCUCCCUGGAGGAGAUCGAGGGCCACCCGUGGCUCCAGGGUGUGGACCCCUCCCCGGCCAGCCGCUCCCUCCUGCCCCUGACCUCCCACCGCAGGGUCUCCCAGGAGGAGCACGAAAUCAUCCUCCAGGCCAUGUUGUGCGGAAACAUCGCUGACAACCGGGAGACCAUCCAGGAGGCCCUGGAGGCAGACCGCUACAACCACAUAACAGCCACCUACUUCCUUCUGGCCGAAAGGAUCCUUCGGGAGAAGCAGGAGAAGGAGAGCCGGACCUCUGACCACAAUCUGGCAGAGGAUGCCUUGACCCAGACAGUGCAGAACAGUGAGACCAGGCCCCUUGGGAAGCCCCCCCAGCGCCGCUUCUCGGCAGCAACAACGGCAGCGGUUGAGGAUCCCCCCUGCAGCUUCCGGGAGCAGCCCAUCCGGGCCUUGAUCCGGCCCUCGUUGGUGGAGACCCCCGUCACCAAGAGCACGCUGGCGCUGCAGCAGAUCUCGGAGGAGGAGGACGACGAGCAGGAGGGGGGCGAGGAGGAGGAGGGGGAGGGGGCUGCGCUGCUGCUCCGGCGCCGGACCUCCUCCCUCAACCAGGAGCAGAUGAGCUGCUUCCAGAGCGCCAAGGCCGCCCUGCUCUUUGGGAGGGGCCUCGCCCCCCACGGCCGGCCAGCCCCUGCUUUCCCACAGCCCCACGGUGGAGUCCGUCCGGACGCCCAGGCACAGGCAAAGGAGGAGGGACCAGGGAGCAGCAGCAGUGAUGGGGGCCACACAACGGAGGGCCCCAAAAAUGAUGGAGAAGAAGGAUGCAGAGAUGGCAGAGAGGACGACGAAAGGGAGUGGAGAGAGGGCAAGGGUCAGCCCUUGCUGGUCAAGAAGGAAAAAGCCUGCGAAGGGGAGGGCAGCGGUAGUCCCCCCCACCCACCACCCCCACCCCAAGAUGGAGCCGGGGCCCACGGCAGCAGCGAGGGGCCUUCCACGGAGUCGGUUGCCAAAGGCAAGGGUGCCAACCUGAAGGAGCGGAUCCUGCAGUUCCCGCUGUGCGAAAAGGCCCUGGCCUUCCGGAUGCGGCCCUCUCCUAAGGAGAGCCUCCUUUCCUUGGGCCAGUUCAACUGCUGCCACGUCAUCUAGGGCACGCUAACCCCUCCCGGCAAGAAGAGGAGGGGUCCGAGGUCACGGCUUCGGACCCCGCUCUCCCUCGACUCUAGCCCUGUGCCUCUGAUCCCGGCCGAGCCCCCAUAAAACAAGUGCAGGGCGGUGUCAUCUAUCUCCUCUCCUGCAUGCUGGCCCCGCUCCUCCUCCUUUCUCCUCUUGGGGGUCUUUGUGUGCAUGGCCCCCUCCCCAAAUGGGGUGGAAUAGAAGGGGAACAGCCAAAGGAAGGGGGUGCUAAAUUUCGGCCUCCCUCCAGGUGUUUUGAAUGUCAACUCUCAAUUCCUAACAGCUAGUAGGCUAUUAGGAAAUAUGGAAGUUGUCAAGGCCAGACCCUCUGUGUGGAGACCCUCCCCCCAAUUGUAUGCUAUGAUGCCAAGAAGGGAGUGCUUGCAGCCCAUGACUUCUCCCCUCCCUCCCUCCCUUCCUUCGGCCCCAAAGAGCAUGCCUUCCCCUUUCCAAAGCGCCCCAAACUACUCAAGAGGACAGGUGUUUUUUAAUAUAGCAGUGACACUAUUUUUAAAAGAAAUGCCAUAUAGUCUAUUUUAAUGUAAUGUAGAGAGAUAGAGCUCUGGCCCCUCCCCUUGGGAAGCAAAUGCACUUUUGAGGAGUGAAGCAGCCAUGAUGGGUCAACUCCCCUUCCCUCCCCAAAUUGCCAAUGACUCUUUGGGGAUUUGGCUCUUACUUGGGAUGAGUUGAGUGGAAGGGAAGGAGAGAGUGAGUGAGUGAGAGAGAAAGAGUGAGGGAAUGAGAGAAAGGGAAUGAGAGGGAGGGGUGUGUUUCUCCAUUGCCCCCCCCCAGCCCCCCCCCCCCCUCCAAAGACUUUACCGAGACAUUAAGCUUCCAAUAUAUUUAUCCUUCUUUCUUGCUGGCAAGAAAACAAAACGAGACGAGAAUUGUAUUCCUGAGCUCACUGGGUUCUGUACAAAGUGCACUGAUCGGAUCCAAGGCGAAGAAGCAGCAGCGGGUUUGUGUCCAAUAAAUAAUAAUUAUUAUUAUAAUUGCAA